GUACAACAGCAUCAGCACAUUUUAAAUGCUUUGUGGACUGCAGCACAAGCGAAUCCUGCCUCGACCAGCUCUUCUUACAACUUGAUCGCAGAGCUUCCUUCCCACCUCACGAUGGGAUCCGCUGAAGAAGAAGGAGCCAGGCCGCCCGCAGAAGAACCAUUCAGCGAUCUGGAUCUCUCGGGGGAUUUUGACUGUCCAAUAUGCCAAGAAGUCUUCAAAACACCCAUCAGGACCAAAACCUGCAAACACGUGUUCUGUAAGCACUGCUUCGUGGCGGCGGUGAGGGCUUGCGGGCCGCACUGCCCCAUGUGCCGAGGGCCCGUGUCAGAAGACGAGAAGAGAGCCACCGACGUGGCCCGCCGGAUGAGGACGAGGAGGGGGCGAUGCAGAGCCUGCGGAAGUUGUAGUGUUUUCAGUCAAAUGAGGAGGCAUUACAAGUACUGCAGGAAGUACAGAGAAGAGUAUGGGAACCCUGUUGUGCCCCGAGCCCAGGGAACAGUGUCUGGCGGAGCACAGAGCACAGCCACCAUCAGGAACCUGACUGCGGUGCACGACCAUCGACCCGUUCUUGGGCCUGAAAGCAUGAGCAUGACGUACUCCUGCCCUUACUGUCAGCAGCCGGGCUUGUCUGACAUGAGCCUGGUGCAGCACUGCAGAGGCAAUCACGUGGGAAACCCCGCUCCGGUGGUCUGUCCUAUCUGCGCAGCCACCUCCUGGGGAAAUCCAAGUUACUACAGCACGAAUUUCAUUGGCCACUUAAAUCAGAGGCACAGGUUCAGCUAUGACAAUUACACGAACACACGUGUGGAUGAAGAUGCCCUGUUUCAUCUGGCCGUGGAACAGUCUGUACGUCAUAGUCUUCAGAACAAUCAGCUAUAGUUUGGAAGCCUUUGCUGCCCCCAGCAUUCUGCAUGAAGCUUGAACUCUGCCUCUUGCACCUCUUGAUAUAAAAUGACUGCAUUGCACACAGGGCUUGAUUUCUGAAAAUCUAGCUUUAACAAGAGAAGUGCAAGUGUUUAACGAACCCAUACAAACCCCAUGAGUUUACAUAUAAUAUCUGUGGAUCGGGCGGGAUGCCCACAAAUAUCACUUUUUAAUUAAAAGAUUUCUGUAUUUCUAUUUAUAUAUAGGAACAAGUAAUAGGUUUAUUCC